UUGGGAAGUUUCUGUCCUUGCACGCGUGUCUCCAUCUUUGUUUCACCCCAUCGCGCACUGCUCCUCAUCAUCAAAGGGUCCCCUUAGGCCUCCAGCACUGCCGCUCAAUCCGUCAAGAUGGUGUCCCCUCAAGUUACGAACCUCGCCAUCAUCGUGGUGAUGAUGCAGCUAGCCAAGAAGGUCCCCUUCGAGAACCCCGAUGUCCUCCUUCUUGUUCGUUGCAUGUACAUCUUGUCCAACGUGAUCAUCCUGGGUCUCUACUUGUAUACUCAGGCCAAGAUCAACAAAAAGAAUGACUUGACUACGCUCAAGUAUGUCGAGCCUGCCCCCAUGGGUAGCAACGAGGAGCCUCGCCCGGUGACUACCACCAACGCUGAGUACGACAAGGGACAGCUGCGCCAGCUGAUCCGUGGACAACUCAUGGGUGUCGGCAUGAUGGGUGUGAUGCACCUCUACUUCAAGUACACCAACCCCCUCUUGAUCCAGUCGAUCAUCCCUCUCAAGAGUGCCUUUGAAUCCAACCUGGUCAAGAUUCACAUCUUCGGCAAGCCUGCUACCGGUGACCUUCAGCGCCCUUUCAAGUCUGGCAACAGCUUCAUGAACCAGGGCCAGGUCAAGACCGACAAGGCUUCGGUCGAGAGCGCCGAGAAGAACUGGCGGGGUGGUGUCAAGGAGGAGUAGAUUGAGAGGCCUUGGGUAACAGAUGCGCGAUAGAUCGCACAUGUUUUGUACCUCUUGUAUUUUAUAGAUGCCUUGCCAUUGGAGCGGAGUCGAGUCGAGCUGCGUUGCUGCUGCUUUGCUUUGUUCUUCACUUUUAAUGAUAGUGCCGAUGGGUUUACGAUAUUCUUCU